AAAAAAUGCGAUUAAGCUACGAUAGAACACCUGCAAUCGUAAAGUUAUCACCUAUUUAACAAAAUACUUGAAUGAUUCAAGUUAAUCGACCUCAAUCAUCUUUCAGACAUCAUUCACGUAGUUGUUUAGGGUAAUAUUUCAACAAUAUUUCGCAAAAUGAACGUGUUUCUUGUGCAGUUAGUGUCAAUGUUUCUUUUUUUGAAUAUUGAAAUAUGCUAUGGUGGAUGUAGAAUGUACGGGCAGUGUAACAUCAAUUCAAAUGGAUUAAUUCAAAACUGUUAUAACGAAGUUAUUGCUCCACCCCACCGUCUAAGCGAAAAUAAUUCUGAUAAUCGUGAUCGUGCAUUACUUCUUCUGAAACAGUACUGUCCCGAUUUUUUUAUUGAAGAAGAUGAUCCACCUCUGUGCUGUGAUAGCAACCAGGCAAUUACGAUGGCAGAAAGUAUCACUUUAAGUGAAGUUUUUGGUCGUUGCCCCACAUGUCUUAAAAAUCUUAUUGGAUCAAUUUGUGCCUUUUCCUGUUCCCCUGAUCAGGCAAACUUUAUGGAUGUAGUUAAAAGCGAAGAGGGUGGUAAUAUUAAUAAUACUUCAAGAUACAUAACCGAAAUAAACAUAAAUAUUAGUGAGCACUAUAUGAAUAAAACGUACGACUCUUGUGUUGGAGUAGCAAUGCCAAGUUCUGGAGGGGUUGUUAUGGAUAGUGCGUGUGGUGAAUGGAGUUCAACUUACUGCACUCCUCAAAGGUGGUUCGUUUAUAUGGGAGUUGAAAAUCCAUACACUCCAUUUAGAAUCAACUAUAUGCCUUCAAGAAACAAUGAUUCUUCGGUACUAAAUCCAAAGGCAGUUAACUGCAAUGAACAGUUCGAUAAUGAUACAUCAUCUUGUUCAUGUGUUGACUGUCAGUUGAGCUGCCUUAAUGGAAAUUUCGUCGCUUUAGAUGGUGCUUUUAUGAUAGCUGGUUUCUUUGGAAUAACUUUUAUUUUAUCCAUAAUUUUAUACAUACUAUCUUGCGUUUUAAUGUACACUCUUAUUAAAAGAAGACAACGGAGAAUGGAAACGACAAUACCAGAUAAGACCAGUGGUGGUGCAAAACAAUGGAGAAUAGUUGGCCGAAUUGGUGACAAUAUAAGAGCUUACAUAGAAAAAUUUUUUUACAAUUUAGGAUUCCAUGUUGCAAAUCACUCAGCAAUUGUUAUAUUUAUUUGGACAUGGAUUGUUGCAAUACUAAGUUAUGGUUCCUUCAAUUUGUCUUUAACAACAAAUACUGUCGAAUUAUGGGCCNAUAAUGUUGCAAAUCACUCAGCAAUUGUUAUAUUUAUUUGGACAUGGAUUGUUGCAAUACUAAGUUAUGGUUCCUUCAAUUUGUCUUUAACAACAAAUACUGUCGAAUUAUGGGCCUCGCCAACCAGUCAAAGUCGCAUGGAAAAAGACUACUUUGAUACUUAUUUUGGACCGUUUUAUAGAACCGAGCAAGUGUUCAUUAAAACAGUGGGAAUUGACAGUGUUGCAUAUAAUUCAACUUCAGAUGGUGCUCUUUCAAUCGGCCCUAUCUUCAAUAAAACAUUCUUAAUGGCAGUUUUUCAAUUACAAAAAGAACUUGAAAAUAUAACUCUCUCUGAUGGAUCAAGAUUAGAAGCAAUUUGUUAUGCUCCAAUAGUCAAUGAUUUCUCUAGCACCAUGACAGUCAAUGAUUGUACAAUUCAGUCAAUACUCGGAUAUUUCGGUAAUGACAUUGAGACUUUCAAUUCCGAUCAAGAUUACAUCGGAACCCUUACUAAAUGCUUUAAGAGUCCGUAUUCUGUGGAUUGCUUAGCACCAUAUGGUGGUCCAGUAUUACCAGGACUUGCUGUUGGAGGAAAAGCAACUGAAAAUUAUUUAGACUCAACUGGUCUUUCAAUAACCUUUCUGGUUUCCAAUAGUCUUAACUCCACGGAACUAGUUGCAGCUCUAGAAUGGGAACAAAGAUUUAUAGACUUUCUCAAGGACUGGGAUUUGAACAUGAGGCCCCCUUUUAUGAGUAUUGCUUUCUCAAGUGAGAGGUCUAUUGAGGACGAGAUCUCUCGAAUGUCCAAAUCAGAAGUAGGCACAGUAAUUUUAAGUUAUUCGAUUAUGUUUGUUUACAUAAUGUUAUCCUUGGGACGAAUAAGAUCAUGGAGAACUAUACUGGUUGAUUGUAAAAUAACCUUAGCUGUUGGAGGGAUUGUCUUGGUUUUAGCAUCAAUAGCGUGUUCUUUGGGUACAGGUGGAUAUUUAAACUUCACAAUUACUCUUCUUACUAUUGAGGUUAUUCCAUUUAUAACACUGGCUGUGGGGGUAGAUAAUAUAUUUCUUAUUACUCAAGCAUAUCAGGAGAGUCUCAGAAUUAAUGAUUGCACACAUUCGGAGCAUGUCGCUAAAGUAUUAUCUAACGUCGGGCCAAGCAUCCUACUCGCCAGUGUUUCUGAAAUAUCCUGCUUCAGUUUAGGUGCACUUUCCGAUAUGCCAGCUGUACGGACGUUUGCAAUAUUUUCCGCUUUGUCUCUUGUUUACGGAUUUCUUUUGCAAUUAACAGCAUUUGUUGCCCUUUUAGGUCUAGAUGGAUAUAGAUAUCAGGAAAACAGAAUCGAUGUGCUUUGCUGUAUUCAACUCAAGAAAGGAGAUAAAAUUGAAACGAAGUCUUGGCUUGAUGUAAUUUGGUCAGAAAUUCUUACUCCAUUUAUUAUGAGAUUUGACGUGAGAUGUGCCGUGAUGUUUCUGUUCUCAAUUUUCUUUGCUAUCAAUCUAAUGUUUGCACCAUCGGUUGGUUUGGGACUAGACCAGCAACUUUCCAUGCCAGACGAUAGCCACGUCGUAAAGUAUUUUGAGUAUAUGUAUGAUCUUCUGGGAACUGGUUCUCCCAUAUAUUGGAUUACUAGAGGUAAUUUAAAUUAUAGCAGUGCAGAAAUUCAGAAUAAACUUUGUGGUGGCGUUGGAUGUUUAUAUUAUUCUACAGCAACCCAAUUAUAUACAGCUGCUCAACAGCAGAACAUAACUUAUAUUUCCACCCAAGCUUCUUCAUGGAUAGAUGAUUACAAGGAUUGGAGCGAGCUAAGUUCGUGCUGUAAAUAUUUUAAAAGCAAUAACUCUUUUUGUCCUCACACGUACAGUAACACUUUAUGCAGCAGUUGCUCUAUUAACAACCUGAAUAUUACAUGGGAUGAAUAUUUUCCUCGUUAUUUAUCCUUCUUUCUACAAGAUAAUCCUGAUUCAAAUUGUGCUAAAGGUGGACAUGCAGCCUAUUCAGACAGUAUCGACUAUUACUUAGACGAAGAAGGAAAAUCUAACAUCACAACCUCAUCUGUUAUGUCAUAUCAUACGGUGCUAAAAGAUUCAAAAGAUUAUUAUGAAGCGUUAAGGUACGCCAGAAUUAUAGCAAAAAAUUUAACUGAAACCCUUGGUAUUACAGAUGUUGAUAUAUUUCCAUACAGCAUAUUCUAUGUCUACUACGAACAGUAUUUGACCAUCUGGCAUGAUAUGCUUCAAUCAACUGGAAUUUCACUAGCGGCUGUAUUUGUGGUUACUUUCAUCUUUUCUGGUUUGGAUUUAUUUUUGGCUUCCAUAGUUGUCAUAAGUUGUUUGAUGAUUCUAACUAGCCAACUAGCAUUCAUGUAUUAUUUGGGUAUUACGCUCAACGCUGUGUCCGUUGUUAAUCUUGUCAUUGUGAGUAUACCAAUUUAUUAUCGUAAGAACCUUCCUGGCUCGUGGAUCAAAACACACUUUUUAAUUUAACGGGGAACGUUACCAUUGUUGCGUAAUAAAAUAAUUGGUACUGUCUCUACGACAGCUUUUUAUAUGGAUGUUCUAGAAAGUUUUCAUUCAAUAAUGUAGGUUCUAGAAAAUUCUAGCGUUUAUAAUCUCGGUUAUAUAGGUCCCUUGACGUUUCUUCACUUAUGGUGGGUUUCCUAUACGAGACACUGCCCCCCCCCCUUCCGAAGAUUAAUCAAAUCGAUAGCGUUGCCUUUUUAGAUGCAAGGCGAUCAAGGUGCACGAUUUUCAUUUUGGCCCGAAGUCACUUUCAAAUUCGAUAAACAACGUUGUUGAUGCUUCGAAUAACGGUGUAAGGAUCAUCCCGAGCAACGUUCUUUCCGUUUUGAUGGAUUUUAUAGUCACACUUAUCGCCUUCGUUUGGCUAGCCGAUCGUAACUGACUUUCAUGCGGUUACAUUAGAAUCGUAGAUUCUUACGUACAGCUUUAUGGGUGAAUCAAGUUCAUUUUUGUAGUUGAUGCUCGUACUCGUUUAAAUAAAUUAGUGGCCGGUGUUCUUCUAGUUGUUUCAUGGAUGACUUAAACGCUAAGAGGAAUAUGGGUUUGUCGGACCUAGCCAGUUUGACGGUAGUGACCGAAGCUUCUUAAACUGAAGUUGAUCUCCAGAAUAGCGUUAAUACGAUCAACCAUCUCGCCAGAUUAUGGAUUUAUACCCUUAUCCUUUACAGGCGUAGCCUUUGUUUCCGUAAUGCCCUUUAAUUCAGUGACCAUUAUGAGUAAAGCUGACACAAAUUUCCUGCGUUGGCCGGAAUGCAAUUCCAUUGGUACUCUAUAGCGACUAAUCUAGUAUUGACAAGCUAUUCGGCAACAGUAUGUGCUUUCUAAUUUUUGUUUUGUAUGCUUUGGACCACUUGCCGAAAUAAUCCAUGACGACCAAAAUGUGUCUGUAAUAGGAGUCCGUAAUUGGAAAUUGUCCACAUCGCUUCUACUUCAUUGCCAAUAUAAUCGCUCGCGUAUCUUCGCGACGCUCCAAGGUAAGAGAAUUUGACUGGGCUCAAGAAAUUUUCGUUGUCCGGCUUAAGUGGCUCAUAUCGGCCCAAAUGAUCUUGAGGUUUCGACUUCUGUCAAUCUCAUUAUUGAGUCAAUAUCUACAUCUUUCCUCUGUUCUUUCAAUAAUCCAUUAUCUUCCCAGGAUCCCACACGUUGAAAGUAAUGAACAGUCCUUUUUUCGCCGCAAAGGAACAAUGUUUUCAGUUUUCAAAACGUGGUCUCCGGGCAUCUACGUUAGCGUAUUGUUUGCCUGACCUUGUAUGAUAUCGAACAUUCCUCUAGCCGUUAUACCUACCGUACAAUCUGUCCUUUUGAGCUCUUCAGUUGCAGUAACCACUUCAGCGGAGCAUAAUCUAUUGUUAAUGAACAAGAAAUGUUUAAGAAUUUUAACCACAGCAACAGUGGGCGAGUAACUUUCCGUUUCUGUUUGGACCACCAAAACCGGAGGAAUUACCACCAUCACCAAUCUGUAAAAAUCUCAAGAUUGGAGCUUCAAUGUGCAUAAUUUUGAAUGCUUCAAGUUAAUGCUUCUUUUUUAUUCGAGUAUCUCACUAGAGUGAAACUCCAUCUUCUGUGAGUCCAUGUAGUGUUGAGGCCGUAUCGGUAAAUCUUCGUAUAAAUCGGUAGUAUGUGUCAACCUCGUAUGCAUGCGUUUUAUUAGAGUAUCACCACUUCUCGCUUCUCCCUAAUCGAGAGGGUAUAUAACUGCCGGGCUCAGUUAGGCUGUUGGUAGGCUUGGGUAGUGGUUCGUUUAAUAUAAUAGAGGUAAAUGUAAAUAGCUGCAUAAAUAUUCGAACUUCCAGCUUUAUUAAAAGAACACCAU